AUGUCACUGGAGCUUCCUCAACGAACAAUUCCUGGUCAACCAAUAUGUCCUGUAUAUACACCUACUGAACCGAAAAUAACGAAAUACACUGCUGGUCCUGGAACCAAGCUAAUUCAUGAGGACUCCUGUAACUUGGACGUCAUUGUAAGCACGCGAGUGGGGGAUGUUACAGUAACUGAACUUCCUGGACAGGACAAUGAGGACAUGCGUCUUGUCGAGAUACGUGUGGGUAAUACGAAUAAAGGCGAUGGGAUCGAGCUUUUACCGAAGGAAGGUGAUAUUGUUUUAUGUCGAGUAAUACGGUUAUCCCUACAAAGAGCCAAUGUUGAGAUAAUUGGGUUUCAAAAUAAGACCAUUCCCAUUGAUGGCGGUACAGGCUCCAAUGGGAACGCAAUAGUCGGUGUCAAUGGUGGUUCUGGUGGUGCAACAUUUUCCAUGUCCCAAAGUUCUUCCGAUUUAGGUGAGACUUUUAGAGGUAUUGUAAGAUCUCAGGAUGUGCGGGCAGUGGAUAGGGACAAAGUGAAGAUGAUAGAGUGUUUUAAGCCAGGUGAUAUUAUAAAGGCCCAGGUACUCUCCCUUGGUGAUGGGAACAAUUAUUAUUUGACAACCGCGAGAAAUGAUCUCGGAGUAGUGUUCGCCAGAUCGGACAACGGUGCUGGCGGUUUGAUGUACGCUACCGACUGGCAAACGAUGGUCGCCCCGAUCACGGGAGCGGUGGAGAAGCGGAAAUGUGCUAAACCAUUUUAA